AUGUUUUACCUUUCUCCAUGGACGCUUUUCGGAUUAAUUUUUUGUACCGCCUACUUCGUUUUGGUCUUGUGUGGUUUCGGGAGAAAAGGCGAUCAGAGGAAAGUGAGUCAGAAAUCCAAUGAGGAAUCGGUGUCCUCGACGAAAUACUGCGACGAUGAAAUCGAGGAAACACAAGCGAGGAUAGCUGACCAGAAGUUGAAUAGCAUUGAUCUUGGAAAUGACUCGCAAGGCGGCAGAUCGGACACGCAAAGGCAAAUUCACGAAGGCACGUUAUCAUGCGAAAUACCUUAUGCUAACAAUUCGUUAGAGAGUUCAAAACAAGCACCUGCCCACAGUGAUGAAGGGGACAAUUUAACAGUGAAACAAAUUCUUGCACCUGUGAAAUGCAAUGCUUCUUUGCGCAGUCAAGAUGCCUUGAAUCUACAAGAGUUUAAUAUCUCCGAGGACUUUGUCACAGAGAGAGGGGAAAUCCGAGGUCGAGGGAAUAACACAUCGAACUCGAACGCGAACGAAUAUUUUUCAGAAUUUUUAGAAGGGAGUACCAAGCAUUUUGAAGAAUUGAAGUUUUCUCGUGAGAAUCAGGGUGAAAUAUCCAACAUCGUUACGAAGACCUCUGUGGGCACGGUUUCAUCAGCUCCGGAGGAAUAUAACUUUGCAGCGUUUGAGAAUGAGCAACCAAUAUUGCACUCUGAACCAUGUGUCGACGCUGUGGAAGCAAAUUAUUCCGAGACAGAUUUAGACAAAAACAGCUUAUUCGGUGACUUCGCAGAAUUGUUGAUUACCAAAGCUGCGACAAAUGCCUUAAGUGACGUCGACCUGGAAUUGAGAGCCAAUGUUUUGGCUGAAAACAUUUCCACACAGAUAGUUUAUGAUGCCAUUGGUCAGUUAUCAGCUGAUUCUGGCAAAGAAGAAUUUGACGCAGAAAAUGUCCAGGAAAUACACAGUUUUGCGGGAGAUGUGAUUAAUUCUUUGUUCCAAGGUGCCACUGGCAAGGUUUCUUUGGUUAAAGAUGUUGAGAGUUUUGCCAAAGAUUUGAGUGAACAAAUUAUUAGCGAGGGUGUACUCAUCUACACUGCAAAACAGAAGUUUGAGCAAGGGAGAAAGAAAAAGGUAUCACUCGGUGAAAUCAGAAUUUUCAGUGAAGAUGUUGUGAGUGAAGUUUUAUCAGAUGGCAUUGAAGAGGCAGCUCUACUGAAAGAUGAACACAUGGAGGAUUACUUGAACAAUAAAAACACUGCCCAGGUUACUGGCUUGGAGGACCCAGUUCCACACAAUGCUGACAGUUCAGGUGAUGAAGUUUGUCAAGCUGCUUAUCAAGAAGUCGCCAUAUCAAGCUCCUUACAACCCCAUAUCAGUGGGGUAGUGGAGAAUCUGGUGAAUGGGGCAAUCUAUGAAGCUUCCUUGCGAGUAAGGGCUCAUCCAGGGAAUGAACCAUUACAGGAGUCAGAGUUACAACCAUACUCACAAGAUGUUUUGGAAUCUCAAGUCGAUGAGACAGUGAAGGAGUUAAUUUUUUCAGCUGUAAACGAAGCUGCUGAUCAUGAGAACCAAAAAAGCAGCAUUGCCCAGGAAACAAUGCCAAUGAUUCAGAAUGAGCUUGAAUCUCAAGUGGGGUCAUAUGUGGAUAAUGCUUUACAGAAUGCAGUCAGCGAAGCUUCUGUGAAAGUUCUAGAAGGACAUAGUGAAGCUACUCACCAACACAGAGUAUUAAAUGGUCAUGUUGAUCUCUCUCAACACUCUGUUGUGGAGUCGCACAGCUGCCAAAGUACACCUGAAGAUGUUGGUCCAGUAGAAAAGGAAACUGAAAUUGUAGACCAAUCAGAAGGAUAUGAUAUUGUGCCUUCUAAACACAAUAAUUUACAAACAGAAUUAACAGGGCAGAAAAGUGGUGAUAAUGGUGACUUCUGGAGAAGGAGUUUGAUUUUAGACUUAGAAGGAGAUGAGGAAUUUGAUGAGGCAGUUGAAAGUGAAAAAUCUUUGCCAAGUGCAGGAGAUUCAACCUCACCUACCAAUGAUGACGAACUUAUUUCUGAUGAAGAUGUAGAGUUUAUAGAUUCUUCGGAAGAUGAAGUCAUUGAUCACGCAGAGGAUGCCAAACUGGGAGCAGUUGGGGGGUCAAAUGCAGCAAAGCAUGGAAGAAGUGAUGAUGACAGACUAGAAAUUGAAGAUGACAUUGAUGAUGUUGAUGAGGAGGAUGAUGAUGACACUGAUGAUGAUGAUGAUGAAGAGUUGUUUGUACCACAGUCAACUGUAGAUGGAUUAUGUGUGAGUAAACCUAAAGAAGAUAAGAAGAAAAAGCAUAAAACACUUCCAAGAGCAAGGAUACAAUCAGGUUAGAUAAUUGUUGGCAACUUAUUUCAUUUAUUUUAUUUGCCAAAAAGCAGUCUUUAAUUACAUGUAAUAUUGCAUUGAUUAAAAAAUUUUUUAACAAUAAAAAAUAAUUAUAAGUAAUGUAGCAAGGAAACUUUGACUUAUGCCAGGUUUUUUUUUUCAUCCCUGGUUCAAAUUUUAGUUCCUAAAUAAAUGUUUUCUUGUGUGGUAAUUCUUGGAAAUGUAAAUACCACCAAGAGCACCUACCCUUCCAUGUAUGUCAUACCAAACUUCUAUGUUUUGUAAGUCAGUGAAUAAUGGUACACCACUCUUGAAAGUACUGCUUUGUUAUUUUUACUGCAAGCUCAGUUGAAAAAAAUGUCUUCUUUGUUUGAAAGCAUUUGCUUGACUAUCUUGAAUUUAGCACUCAUGAGUUAAAAGGUUGAGAUUUUUUAAAAUUACAUGAACUUAAGAGCUUGACUUUAAAAGGAGUUCUGUUGACCAGUGUCUUAAUGAGUCAAAAAUUCUUUAUUCAAUUAUUUACAUUAAGCUGGAUCACAUUACAACAGUGCUGUGGUGAUAGACAAUGGCUGUGGUACCAUUAAACUCGGCAUGGCUGGGGAAAAGAAACCUAGUGUUGUACAACCGGCUUUGUAUGGAAUUCCUAAAAGAUAUUCAUUGCAAAUGGCUGGACUGGACAAUAAAAAAGACAGACAAUUUGGGGAUGCUGCUGCUAUGAAGGCUGGUGUUAUGCAACUUGGUAAGUUAAUGAAAGAAUACUCGUAUGCCAGUUUAUUUAGGAAGGUAAAGUCUGUUAGCCAAGUGGCCCAUCCAGCUGGAGCUGAUCUCAGUUUCCAUAAAUGAGAUGACAAGGACUAUUACUACUCCUACCUGCCAGUCAAUUGCAAGGUUACCCACCAGCAUUUCUUCAGCCUUCCCUAACAAUUGGCUGCUACCCAUUUAUAUUCCUUUUGUGAGAUGACCCAGAAUUACUCAGCUAAGCCUCAAACCCAGACCUGUUGACCAGGAGUCCAGUGCACAAAUCAUUAGGCUGCAAUGUCUCACACAUGCUAGGUUCUGUACUCCUUGAAAAAUUUUGGUUGAUGUAACAUUUUUAUAUGUGAGGCUCACUGAAGAAAAUCCAAUCAAUAAUGGAAUAUUAAUCACAUAUACUGUUAAAUUAACUAUUCAAAAAUAUAUUUGAUCCUGGGAAAAGCAGUGAUGAAACUUAUGAAUGAGUUUCCAUUGUGAUCUUUCUUUCUCCAGCCUUUAAGAAUGGUUACUUAAAUUUUUUUUAUUUCAUUCAAAGAGUACCCAAUGAAAGCAGGACUUAUUGAAAACUGGUCUGACAUUGAAGAUAUCUGGGAAUACAUGUUGUACAGUGAGCUUGGAAUUGAGGAGGGAAGCAAUCCAAUUUUGGUCACUGAAGUUGCCAAUACUCCAAGGAAGAACAGAGAGAAAAUGGCUGAGGUGAGAUUUCAUUGGAUGUGUGUAUGCAAUGCAAGGACUAUGUUCCUGUGUCUAUUGAUACCUUGAUUGGCAAUGUCUUGCACUAGUGAAGUUCUGUCAAUAUGAUGAAAAAUUUCACCAAAUGAAUUUAAUUAUCUAGAAAUCCUUUGCAGGAAGAUGGUAGGGGUUUAGUUGUUUAACUCCCAGAAAGAAUUUCACCCACAGUGUAACAAUAUCAAAUUGGAUACAAUAUCAAACAUGCAAAUAAUGAGGAAAUAGAAAAAUAUAAAUUAAGGAAUUAUAAGGUGAUCCAAAACCAAACUCUCUGAACUAACAUCAAAGGAAUUUUAUGGUCAAAAGAAGGAGAAUUACUAAAUAAAUGAGAUCUUGGGAAUGUUAAGUUUUUCAGCACUAUUCUCAUCAAUUAGUGAUUGUCAAAAUCUCUAUCUGUUAAGAAAGGAAAGGAACUGAACUGAGAAAUAUAGAACUUUCUUUUGAAUAAGGACUGGAAUAUUAGAUCAAUUGUGUAACUAGGUUACUUUGUCAGAAAGCGGUUUUAAGCCAUCUCGGUGUUGUUGUUUUUGAUAGCCAGAUUCAGUCAAUCAACUUACUGAUCACAAAUAUUGGAAUACAUGAAACAAUUUGGUAGACUUCAAACUAGGCCAAAUUUAAUAUUUAACUUAACAUAGUUUACAACACUAUAAAAUUUAUAACACAAUACAAAUAUUAAAACUUAGGUAGUGAGUGCGAGUUGAGGUCAUCCAAAUAGCAAAGCUCCCACCCCACCCUCCUCCCCUAAAAAAGAAAUACGUUGACGCAUGAUAUAACAAGGUCCAUACAAGGUAAAAAUGAUUUCUUAAUGUGCAAAAGUUAUAAUAAACCUGUAUAAAAAUUAAGCAUAAAGGUUUUAAGAGUAUUAUGAAAUAAUUUCUUGUUAAUUUACAGUAGAUUUUUUGAUAGAAGGAAGUAAAUAAUUCUAAAAUGCCAGCCGCCAAAUUUUAACGAGUGUAGACCAUAUUGUGAGGCUGACUCCUGGUUGUCUCUUUGAUGGUCUCUAGUCUUGCAGAUGUAUAGUUGUGUAUCAUAUUUUGGAUUGCAGAUUUUAUUUGAGCACUUAAGUGCUCCUGCCAUGUAUCUUGCCAAUCAACUUGUAUUGUCUCUGUACGCCUCUGGCUUGACACUGGGCAUGUGCCUGUCCUCUGGGUUCUCUGUCACUCAAGCUGCAGCAAUUUAUGAGGGAUGUCUGCUGGCACAUACUGUCCAGGAACUUGACAUUGGAGGCCAGUCACUCACAGACAACCUCCAGAAACUGCUAAGGGAUAACAAAGGUCACAACUUCAAUUCCUCUUCUGGCUGGCAGAUUGUGAAUAACAUGAAGGAAAAAAUGGCAUAUGUGGCUCAAGGUAAGCUUAAAAUAGGUGUAAUAUUUAAAAUUUCAAAGAGUUUUACUCGUGAGUUUUUAAUUUUGUAAAUAAUAAAUGUACGUUUUGAGUGUGGGAUAUUUUAGAUCACUUCAAUUGUCAUCUAGGUACAAACAACAAGCUGCUAUCUACUUAAUAAAAAAAGAUGGAAAAGUUUGUAUUCUGUUACUACUUAGUGAGCCAAAGAUUCAAGUCUGAAUUUGUCUACUGAAGUGUAUCAUUGCUUCUCUUGCAUUAUGACACAAGGAAUGUUUAUUUAUUACUGCUUUUUGAUGGAAGAAAGUUUGUUGAUAGUAACCCAGCUCCCCCCUUCUCAUAAACAACCUUCCACCUCCUGCAUCCUUGACUUCAUCUCAUUAUUUAAUGAUGAAACACAACUGACUACAGAUUAGCAUAUGCUCACAGUUUUGCCCCUCCCCCCUGCAUCCUACCCUCACAAACACCUGCACCCCUCACACUCUAUUCACUGGACCUUUCACCCCCUUGCUUCCCUGUCUUAAUACAAUAUACUAUAGUUUCUUUGUCUUUUUUUGUUUGUUUGUUUAUUUUUACAGAUUAUCCCAGUGAGUUGCAUCAGUACAAGACAAGUGCUGCACUGACUCAGCACUACAAGCUGCCUGAUGGGCAGUUUGUAGACAUCAGCAGUGAAAUGAUAACCACUGCUGAACCUUUGUUUACUCCUGAAACUCUUCUUGGAGCAGAUGACACUGUUGCCUCACAGUUCCCUAUUCACAAACUGGUCAACAAUGCACUCAGGGGGUGAGAUGAAUUCCUUUAUCUUUUUUUUUUUCUGUAAAUGAAUUGUAAACAAAGCCUAAGCUGAGUGAUUUUAAGCCUUUUACUUCCAUGAGCAACCAAGACAGAAAUUCCCUUUACAACAUCAAUACAAUAUCAAGCAGACAAGUGGUGAGAACAAAGAAAAAUAUCAAUAAGGGGAUUUUAGUUGAUUCAAUACCAAAUUCUCCAUAAUACAAUCACAAGAAUGAUAUGGUAGACAGUAAGGAGAAUUACUAAUGAGAUCUUUGGGGUGAAAGGGUAAAGAAGUUACAUUUUCUUUAACGUUAGUCCUUUACCUAUAGCGUAAGCUUGAUCACAAGAUCUGCAACUGGUUAGUUUUAGGAGAAAAAUGUUUUUAAUUGAGCUUGGUUUAUUUUGAAUCCUGGAUUGUUUUAAUCAAGGUUCUAUGAUUAUUUGCUUAUUGCCCAGAUGUUGUCCAGAUCUUCAAAGUGUUAUGAGCCGAAACGUUGUAUUAUCUGGCGGCACGACUCUAAUGAGAGGACUGGUGCCAAGACUCGAACACGAACUCAGCAAAAUCAACCCCAAGGUACGAACCGUACGUGCGCCUGACAAUAGAAGGUAUUCCGCUUGGAUUGGAGGCUCAAUAUUGGGUUCCCUGUCGACUAUAGACAGUAUGUAUGUCACAAUUGAUGAAUAUGCUGACUAUGGAGGGCGAAUUGUGAAUCAGAAAUGUUUCUGACUUGAUUAUUGCAAGGAACAUCAUGUCCACAAUCCAUGAACAUUUUUUGAGCAUAUAAUGGUUGUAGCCCAAAGUGAAGAAAAUAAUUUUGAGCAAUCACAGUUUGUGGCAAAUUAAAUUAGUAUGCCGUGUCAUUGUUAGUAAAUCAAAAUAGAAGUUGCUUGUUUUCCCUGAAUUUGAUAUACAUAAAGUGAGUGGAGUGUUUUGGAUCAAAGUUUUUAUUAAUCAUUCUAUACAAAGCCCAGGAAAGGUUAAAACAAGCCGAUUUUGACUGAAAUUUAUGGACGAGUGUCUAUUGAAAUGGAAGAGUCACUGGCCAUUUUAUUGAUUUAAGUAAAACUUUUUGAUGACCCAGGAAUAGGUAUUGGUUAUUAUUACCGAUUAAGUUGUGGACAUUUUUAUAAAAAAUAUCACCCCCUCAUAAAAAUGAAUGAAAGAAAAAGGAAAAUAACCGGAAAAAAUACUGGCUCAAAGCCUUCUCCGAAAUUGUUUUUCGGACGACAAACAGCAUUUCAAAGAAGAUUUCAGACAAUUUUUCAACAUUGAAAGUUAAAGUUGAAAUUAGCCAUUCAAUAUUCGUAAUUAUGAUAAUGAUAAUAUCAAUGAUGUCUCGAAAAGCUCAAAACUUGUAAUAAUUUUUUUUUUAGCAUUAUACAUAAGAGAUUAGUCCACGCCUAUUAUUUCUAUUUCUUGUAGACGAAUUUCUAGAAUGCGUAGAGCUGAAGUAAAAUUACAAUGUAAGGUUAAUCGUACAAAGUUCAUUUCUAUUGGUGUAUUAUAAUGUAUAUGGCAGUCCUUUGCCUGUAGAGUUCCAAUUGUUUGCAGUUUUUGGAAGCAAAUUUUUCUAGAUAUACAUGUACACGAUCGAAUAAUUUUUAAUCCAUGUUUAAUUAAUGCCUUACAUUUCAUGCAACUGCAUGUAAAUGUUGCAUGGGAAGGAUGGUUUAAUUGCUUUCUUCCCGCCCAGUUUUUUCGUAAGGUAGCUCAGUAUUGGUUUAAAGAUUUUCGCUGUAAGGUCUGCGAAAUGGUAGGAUAGUCUGCGUAACUGGUGUGCAGGGAGAAGGGAGAGGGGGAAUUUAAUUUCCAACGCUGGAGUUUAAUCAGGCAAAAGACUGUAUAGAUCGAUGGGAAUUAAAAUUAUCUGGGAAGCUAUCUAUGAAUAUUGGAUAAUUUUUGGUACAGUUGUGUUACAAUUAGUUAGAAUUUGAAAUAUAUGAGUCUGUAAGAAGCGCAUGUACGAAAUAUAAGCGAAAACUUGUAAAAAUUCCUUAAUUUCGUCAUUAAGAUAAGACGGAACGGAAAAACCCUGAAUUAGGGAAAAAUAUAGAAAUUUCGAAAAGGAGGUUUCUUUGGAAUCCUCAAGAUCGAGCUGUAAGAUGUUCACGUUAUUUCAAACAAGGGUUAUGCACGAAUUAAGGCAGUCGUGUUUUUAAUCAUCUUAAAUGCCAAAAGUAAUGCAAAAAUGUGACCCAACAACCAAUUAUGUCGGUGUGAUAUGAGAUUGUCAUCAAAAAUUUGAAUUAUCCUGAACAUCUCCAUGGAUGAUUUUGGUGGCGUAUUAAGUUAAGAUCAAUUCGGAAAUGCUACACAAAUGCACAAUUUGCAAAUUCAAUGAUCAAUAUCAAUAUUCGUAGUUAAUCAAUGCUAUUAAAAUUUUAACAGAAGAUCGUUCUUUGUUGCCGUAAUUUUUGUUAUUAAGAGUGAAGGGUCGAACCAGGAUGAAGAUUAUUUAAAAGUUUAGACCGGUUUUCAAUUGAGUAUCUAAAGCGAUCCUGAAUUGCUUUGAUUUUGCUUUACUUCGCUCGGUGAUCAAAUACUAAAUUAAAACAAAUCCUUGGUCACUCGCGUUUUCCCACGCUUCAAACAGGUUGCCUGUUUUUACUUUGAAUUUCAUUGGUUAAUGAUGGUUUUAAUCUUUGUUCUGAUUGGUAACUGCGAUCACUUUGGUUUUUAUAUUUUUCGAAACUCAAUUGAAAAACGCUCUCAUCAGUGUAAACAAUGCUCAGGGAAAAUUAAAUUUAGCCGUUAGUUUUCAAGUUGGCCAAUUAAAUUCGUGUCAAUACUUUCCAUCCUUGGCUGUCCUUUUCCCUUUUUAGUUAUUAUUUUCAUUUUUGUAAUUUUUUUCUUAACCAAACUAACCUCUUUCAUACUAAAAUUAGUUUUGCAUAACGCAGAAAAUAAAUCAAAAUAUCUUGGUGUUGUUUGUUUUUUCUUGGAAUUGCGUUGUUAUCGUAAUUAGCAAAAUUCCUCGAGUGAUUCAGUACAUUCACAUUUAAUCAAAGAUUUUAUUCGGGCCUGUGCUUCACAGUUUGUCAAAACGAUAAAGUUUUAAAGUAAAGAUUUAUGAUCUACAGGGAACUAUUAUGUCUAGAAAUUACAUGUAUAUUUCGUUAAAAUAAUACUGCGAGCACCCUGAUUGCUCAAAAACCUAUCGUUCAUUGCACCAGUAAACCGAC